ACCCAGAAAGAAAGAGAACAAAGGAGGAAGAAGAAGAAGAAGAAAGAAAGUGAAAAGGAAAAGAAGGGUUUCGAUGGAGAUUGAAGAAGAUAUUCAAGUGGGUUUCGAAGAAGCAAUGUCAUGGCUGCCUUCCCAUGUAGUGGCCGAGGCCUGUGACUCUAACUUUAAGGUAAAUUUGAGGAAUGAAUCCCAUAGAGAGCGUAGGCAUGGACUCAAGUCUGCUGCAGACCCUGCAGUUCCAGUGCACUCAAAAUAUAGCUUGAAACCCCAUCAGAAAUCAAGAUUUCCCACAAACUGGGCAUCUGGGGGACCCGGAAUGCAAGCCAUUUUCCUAGAUUCUGGUCGAAGAUCUUGUGGAACUGGAGUUUUCCUUCCUCGAAGAGCAGGCACCAACUUCCAACCAAGCAAGAAACCUGCUUGCUCUCCUGUUCUCCUCCCUUCUCGUGUGGUUCAUGCUCUCAACCUCAAUGUUCAUGCACUGGGCCUGCAAGUUUCUCCCCAGAAAGAUGUUACAAAUUCUAAUAAUCCAAAAGCUGGAAAUCCCAUUUCAGUUGGCAAUAAAAAUGGGAAAGAAGCAUCAACACACCAGAACUCCCAGGAGAUAUUUCUUCCCAAAGAGUGGACUUACUAGAAUCAUUAGUAGUUAAUGGCUCUCAAAUUAAAGAGCAAGUUAAGGGGAUAAGAAUUAAUCCAUAAAAGAGAAAGCUCUUGUUCUUGUUCU